ACUUAACCAUAAGACGCAUUAAAGAAGUGGAGCAAGCAUGGGAGAAGAGAAAGAGAAUGCAGAAGAGAGGGUGGUUGACAUUAGUCUGAAGGAUCUUUCCAAAAGGCUUGAGGAAUUUGCCAGGGCCAGAGACUGGGAGAAGUACCACAGUCCUAGGAAUCUACUUCUUGCUAUGGUUGGAGAAGUAGGAGAGCUAUCAGAAAUAUUCCAGUGGAGAGGAGAGGUGGACAAAGGCUUGCCAAAUUGGGAGGAAUCAGAUAAAGAGCAUCUUGGAGAAGAACUUUCUGAUGUGCUGUUAUACCUCAUUAGGUUGUCUGAUAUAUGUGGCAUUGAUUUAGGUGAUGCUGCUACCAAAAAACUUGUUAAAAAUGGUAUCAAAUACCCAGCCAGGGUCUUGUGAGGCAACCCUUUUUUAGCCUGAAAAAUUUUUGUUGUGUUCAGCUUUAAAAGGCAAUCUGAUGCCAUCCUUAGCUUGAGAACUUAGAAUAAACUGUCCUCUUUCCCCUGCGUCUCUUUAGGCCUUCGUCUGUUACUUACUGUACUACCUCAUUUUCCUUGUCAAUGGCUACUUUCAAUGCUUUACAU